CGAGCGCCCUCCAUCCGUCUUUCCGCAUGGGACCUUUCUUCAAAUGUCGGUUUCGUUCCAUUGCGGGUUAGCCAUUUCUCAAUAGUCCGUCAUCUCAAAUAGUUUCAAACGUUUUUUCCAAGUUUGACUUAAAUUUUACACGAAAAGAUACUUAUGUGGUAGAUUAGGGAGCUACAUUACUGAGGUUUCCACUGACUACGGGCCUCCUGCGUCGUGCUGUACCGUAUUUUUGGUGCGCAUGCCGCACGUUCAAUUUCAAUCGUGUUUUGUUCUGAAAGUACUGCACCAAAACCCAUUUUCAGGGGUCACAAGCACCCUUACCUGUGUCACUGUUGCGUACGCAGUGUGUAUUGUGGAGAUUUUUCACCUUUUGAAGACUUUUGAAAUAGAUUCUCCAGAUUAUCAUAUAUUUUACCACAAGCUUGAUGAGGUAUUUCACGAACCGUCUGCCCGAUUACACCGCUGGGUCGCCGGUGGACAUCCCGCACGCCCAGCUCCGGGAGCGGGUCGCGUCCAUAGUGGAGGCCAUAGAACAGCACGUGCAGCCCGGCCACCUGCAAAAUUGCAAAUGGGGCCUGUACUUGGGCGCGGCGGGCAUCGCCUACGCCCUGUGGUACAUCACUCAGACUGGCCAGUUCCCCAAGGAGGCGCUGCGGUACCAGGGCCUGUGCAAGCAGUACCUGGUGGGGUCGGUAGAGUACGAGAAGAGCAACAAGAUUAAGAGGGAGGCAGGGGCGUCGUUUCUUUGUGGGGCGUGCGGAGUUGAUGCCGUCGGGGCAGUGUUCUACCACACUUCGUCUUCACAGUCCGAGGGAAGUAGCAGUCAUGCAGCUGCACAGUUCCUUGAAAGUUAUGCCAGUUUUGCCCAGAUUUGUACCCCAAUGAACUUCCUUGGACCCUGUGGGUCUGACGAGCUGCUGGUUGGCAGAGCAGGCUACUUGUGUGGGGUUCAGCUGCUGGCCCAGAAACUUGACAAACAGGUUCUGAGCCAAGAGACCACCAAUUCCCUGUGUAAGGUGGUUGUGGAAUCUGGCCGCAGCUACUCCAAGUGUCACCAAUCUCCUUCUCCGUUGAUGUAUGCCUAUUAUGAUUCUGAAUGUCUAGGGGCUGCGCAUGGUCUGUCAGGGAUACUGCAGGUUCUGCUUGGCUUUCCCGACUUCGUGAAGUCAGAUCCCUCUGCUGAAAAGGACAUCCGUGAUUCUGUUGACUUCUUGGUGAAGUGCCAGGCCAGUCAUGGGGGGAACAUCCCAAUGACCCUGGACGAAUGUGGGGCCAGGACCAGACCAGCCGAAAACGAGUUGGUGCACUGGUGUCACGGGGCACCGGGUGAGUGUGCACCCCACUCCCUUGGAAAUUGUCCUCUUUAGAA